GCCGCCGCCGCCGCCGCAGAGACCCCGACCUUCGGUGCGGCGGCUCAACGAGGCGAUGGACGGCGGCGGCGGAGGCCGGCGGCCUCGUGCCGUGUUCAUGGCCUUCGGCACCCGCGGCGACGUCUUCCCCAUAGCUGCACUUGCUGCAGCUUUUGCGCAGGACCAACGACAGUAUGGUGUAGUGUUCAUCACACAUUCAGCACAUCAGAGCUUGUCGACACAUCUAGCAGACUGUAAUGUUAGAUAUAUGCCUGUGUCAAGCCCACCUGUCCUUGCUGCCGAACAGCUCGAGAGCAUCUCAUGUGAUUCUGUUCAAUCAAAUGUUGAGCAUGACUCCUUUUCGCAGAGGAAAAAGACCAUUCAAGUGGAGCACAGGAGAGAGUGCUUGUCUGCCGUCGAAAAUGUUUUUGGAAAUGACAUGAGCACUCAUGGUGAUUUCAUUGUGAUCAACUUCUUUGCGUUGGAAGGUUGGCAUCUUGCAGAAUUGUUCCAAGUUAAGUGCAUCAUUGCUGCUCCCUAUUUUGUUCCAUACAGUGCACCUGCAUCAUUUGAACGCCAAUUUAAACAAAGUCUUCCUCUUCUAUACAAGUACUUUCAAGAAGCUCCCCUGAACAUGGUUUGCUGGACAGACAUUACCCACUGGAUGUGGGCAUUGUUCAUGGAAAGUUGGGGAUCAUGGAGAAAUGAUAGUCUAAAUCUUAGCCCAAUUCCUUUUACAGAUCCAGUAACAAAUCUUCCUCUGUGGUAUAUGCGAGAAGAAUCCCCAUUGUUGCUGUAUGGUUUCAGCAAGGAAAUUGUUGAGUGCCCAGGAUAUUGGCCAUUCAGCGCUCAUGUUUGUGGUUUUUGGUUUCUUCCUAUGGCUUGGCAAUUUUCUUGUAAUAAAUGCAAGGAGUUACUGUGUGGAAAUGCCAGUAAUUCUGGUGGUGCUCUCUGUGUAAAUCAUGCUGGCCUAGAACACUUUACCAUGGGAAAUUCUUAUUCGUCCUUACCUAUAUUUAUAGGAUUAAGUUCCAUUGGUAGCAUGGGUUUUCUUAGAAAUCCAAAAGCAUUUCUGAUGGUGCUUAAAGCUGUCAUAGAGAAAACAGAUUACAGAUUUAUCCUUUUCUCAUCUGGAUACCAGCCAUUAGAUUCUGCAAUACAAUAUUUUGCUCCUUCAGUAGCAGAAUCAAGUGAGUAUCAGGCAUCUGCUCUUCAUUGUGACAGCAAUCUCCUUUUUAAUGGUCGACUCUUUUGCUUUUCUGGAUCAAUACCAUACAGUUGGCUGUUUCCUAAAUGUGCAGUUGCUAUUCACCAUGCUGGCAGUGGAUCUACAGCUGCAGCACUUUUUGCCGGCAUCCCUCAGAUUUCAUGUCCUUUCCUGCUGGAUCAGUUUUACUGGGCAGAAAGGCUACACUGGCUAGGAGUGGCACCUGAGCCCCUAGGAAGACAACAUCUAAUUCCGGAUACUGACAAUGCCUCAAGCAUCAACAGUGCUGCAGAUAUGCUGAUUGGAGCUAUCAAAUCGGCAUUAUCACCUGAAAUUAAAGCUCAGGCAACCAGAAUCGCUAACAAACUUUCUUCUGAGGACGGGAUUGGAGAAGCCCUCAGGAUCUUGAAAGAGAGUUUUGCCCCAAAUUGAAAGUUAAGUGAUAAGAAGCAGGGGAUACGACGAACCAAUUGCACGUAAAAUAGUUAUGUGCUUUGAAGUUUGAAUUAGCAUUUGUCACUCCAAUUGAUUUAUUAUGCGCCGUAUGAACUGGAAAACAGCCUUGGUCACUAGUAUUUUUCUUGUUUGGAAUGGAAUGGAAUGGCAAAACGGCAAUAUGAUGAACUUAUGCAGAGACUUGUGUUGUAGAUAGAGUAAUCAUGAAUAAAGAAAACCAAAACCAUGAUAUAUGAUAUA